AUGAAGUACCUAAUUCUAUCUGUUGUAAUCUGCUACGCUUUCGCUGCAUCGAUAGACGAAAGAAAUGAGUCAAAAAAACUAUUACAGCUCGAGCAUAAAGUAUUUGUAAAAUGUAUGACUGAUGGAAAUAUCACUGAGAGUGCCGUUGAAGACAUAUUCAAAAAAUUAGAAAUACCUGAAACAAGAUCAAUAAAGUGCCUUAUGGGAUGCUACAUGAAAGGCAUGGGAUUUUUGGCUGAUGACGGAAUAUUAGAUUGGAAGAAACUGGACGGAAUCAACAAAGUUGAGUAUCUAGAUCCAGCACAGAAGAAGAAGGCCCUGGAAGCUUCAGAGACGUGCAGUAAAUCUGUUCCUCAAAAUCUGGGUAACAUCUGUGACGCAGGCUAUGCAGCUGCGAAAUGUUUCGUCGGCGAGGCUAAAAAGCUUGGAUUUGUGAUUUUUGGACCCGAAAAUUUCAAAGAAUGA